AACUGUCUGAUGCACCACGCAAAUAAAACAGGGUGCUCUGUGGGGCUAGUUUUUUCUCUGCCUCUUAGUGUUUGACAGAAGGCAGGAGACAACAGCAAAUGUUUUGAUUCAAUUUGGAGGAGGGAGGAUUCUUCCUCUUGUGCGAGUUGAACAAGCUGGCAGCCUCUUCCUAUCCACAGCACACAGUGUGCAGCCCGGGGGCUCGAGCUUAAAUACUUCCUCUGUCUCCAUCUGCUGGGAAGAAAUGCUGGACUGUCCAGUAUCUAGGCUAGACUGGGUUCAGAGGCGUAAAGGAGACAGCUAAAAUAGCUCACCAGGCCCACAUCUCUUUAUUUUGCGCUCCAGUUUGAUGCUCUUCUCUAACAUGGCAUGCCAAUCGGGACAAAGUGGGUCUGGAUGAUGCAUCUGCUUUUCAAAUGCCCAUGUACAGCUGAAAAUCCCCCCCACCGCAGACACUGACAGCAGCGGCCAGCCGCUGACUUCUGCCGUCCCGUGGAAUUAUCUCGGCACCGCGGCGGAACAUGGCUGCUAUGAGGACUUUGACGGCGGCGGGUCUGUUUCUGGCGUUUUGCGCGCUGGGGCUGAUAGCCGUGGCCAUUAGCACCGACAACUGGUACGAGACCGACGCCAGGCGGCACCGGGAGCGCUGCAAGAAUUACUCAAACAAAAGGAACGACCCGGGCUACAUUUACAUUUCCAACAACAACCUUCCGCUUCGCAUGCUCCCGAGAGAGAAAACGGUGGAGAGGAGAGGCUCCGGCUCCAGCGGAGGGGCGCUGCUGCGGGCCAAACGGCACUUCUCCCCUCCUGCCCCGGCCAUGGAGUCCCUCUGCAGUCGGCAUUUCAACUCCACCAUCACGGGGCUGUGGAGAAAGUGCCACAGAGAGGGAUUCGACCUGGAGACGGAGGAUUUGAUCUUUAAAGGAUUGGUUCCGCGCUGCACACCAAUAAAAUACUACUACUCAUCGUCAGCGCUCCCCAGAAGCCUGCCAAUCAACCUGACCAAAACCAUCAGGCAGGAUGAGUGGCACGCGCUACACCUCCAGAGGAUGACGGCCAGCUUCAUAGGCAUGGCCAUAGCCAUCAUCCUGUUCGGCUGGAUCAUAGGCGUGCUGGGCUGCUGUCAGGAGCAUGAUCUGAUGCAGUAUGUCGCCGGACUCCUCUUCCUCAUGGGAGGGACUUGCUGCAUAAUCUCCCUCUGCACAUGUGUGGCCGGGAUCAACUUUGAACUGUCCCGCUAUCCCCGCUACAUGUUUGGAAUACCGGAGGACAUCAGUCACGGGUACGGCUGGUCCAUGUUCUGUGCGUGGGGCGGACUGGGCCUCACGCUGCUGGCUGGCUUCCUGUGCACGCUCGCCCCUUCCCUGUACCCUCCACACACCCCCGUGGUGCACAAGCCCAGACAGGAGAACGGCUGCGUGUGAUAGGCCAGGCUACAUUUACCAGGCGCCUGUCUCGUCCUGAAACAGCGAGGAGCCCUGAUCCAGAGACAGUUUUUAUCCAGGGACUCAGAGCAGAGCACGCCUUCACACGGCUCGGCACAGAGAAAGCACAGAACUGACACCCACUGACAGGAAAACGGUAAAGAGGUGACAUUUGACUGAAUUUCACUUCCUCUGGUGCUUUUUUCGGUCCCUCUUGAUGAAUGAAUAGUUCAAUGUCAUUUGCUUGAUCUCUACAAAGAGAAUCCGAACAUUUCUUCCUAUAAGAGCUGCCAGUUUGAGAAGAAAAAACAUGAAAAACAAACAUUGGCAAAAGAUCAAUAGCACAACUUUGAAAUAUUGAAGAUGAAACUAUGGACGUGCAUCAUCACAUGUCAAAGGGCAACUGUGUAUCAUUAUGUACCCAUUCAAAACAAAAUAUGUACAUGUACUUUUUGAAUUGUAUGUAUGCAGAUGCAUUUGUGUUUAUUCAAGGGAAAAUAUGAGCAUUAAGACCAAACUGUGUUUGAAGGAAAUGUUUUGUGUUCUUGAGGUCUAACUCCCAUCAAGAUAUUUUUUGAAAAAUAAAACAACCAUGGUACAACAAUUGUUUUCUGCAUGAUAUCUUAAAUAGACAUCAUGUAAAUGUUUUUGUUGGCAUCCCAGACUGUGAGGUUGAGCAGGCAGAGGCCAAACAACAGACACAAAGCUGUCCAGCAUCUUAAAACUCUCCCUGAAUAUCACGCUGGUUUUGCACGGAGCUGCAUGAAAGCCUUUUUUAUGCAGCCACCCAGAGCACUUGUGGGCUUACAUGUCCAAAACCCAGCAACAAACUGACAAAAAGAGACCGAUCCAAAUAACAGAAGGGAAUCUCAUUUAAACAGAAUCCUACUUUUUUCACGUCAGUCACAUCUGUCAAAUCCAGACAAUCCUUUACACUCAGUCUACAGGGAUAUUUUUCUAGUUUUACCCUCACUUAGCAAGUUUAAGGAACAAUGCAUACAUUUGACACCAUUACUCAAAAAGUGACUUCCACUUUUUGAAGGGUUACCUCUCCUCAGCAUUUCCUGCUCGGUUUAUUCCUCUGAUAAUCUUUAAGAUAAUCAAAGCAGAUUAAAUGCUGGAAGAAAUCCGGCUGUUUGCUCUGUUCAAACUGGGGCUGCAUGGUGUUUACACGUGUUCUCUGUAUAUUAGAAAUGCCAAAAAAUCUGAUGAGGAAUUGAAUCAUCAAGUUCAAAGACCUGAAUCCAAAUGGAUUUAAUCUUCUUUCCGUUCCAGAGGAUUCAUCAUCAGUGACAUACACAGGUCUUCUUUUUUUAUCAUCACCAUCAUGCAAAAUGGAUUUAAAUCUAUUUGCAGAAAACUUAGAUAAUUGAACUAAAUACAUAAAUAUACAUAUUCAAUACAAGUACUGAAAUGUUUGAUAAGAACAAAUCCUAAAUUCAUUUAAUUCAUCUACUUGAUCAAAAAGCCAUUUAAUGCUGUAGGGGGAUGCUUCAGGCUAGUUUUUUGGCUUAAAGUGUAUUAAAUGUCAUGACCUCAAAGUUUGUUUUCUACAUAACGUCCACACUUUUCGGAAUGAGUGUUUUAUAUCAGAUGAGUUUACCGUCUAUUUAUCCAGCCCUGAGGGUGCCCCACAAAACCCAUCACAAACCUGAUGCAACAGAAAAAUAAAGACAAUGUAACACAGUCUCCAAAGCUCCAUGUUGCACCACAGUCUGGACCAAAACAGCAACAACAACAAAAGAAAACACUUUUUUUUUUUCGAAGACACAAACAAUUUUUAACAACAUAGAAUAUAAACAAUUUUUCUUGAUAUUUUCUGAUGUACUGACAUUUUUUGUUUUUGUUUUGUGUAAAACAUUGUGUUAGUUUAAUCUGUUUCCCCCGAAAAAGGUGAGCUUGAUGUCUUGGACUUUUUAAUAAAAAAUUGUGAUGUAUGCUUGUUUUAAUCCUUGUGUUUCGUGCAGUUGCAUUAGUUGUGUUUUGUAUGUUUACUGAAAUGUAGUG